CCCUCAGUUGCGAGGUAAAAAGUGUCAGCCUCGCCGCUGGGACUGCUGUGCGCCUCCACAGACGAAGCACCCGAUUGGACGAGGGAGCCGCAAGGAGAUCCGAGAGCGGAUUGGCUACAGUAGGUGGAAGAGACUUUGCAUUCGUCUGCUGCCCACAAGGGCGGGAGUUAGGGGCAUGGGAGUUGGGCGGUGCCUUUACCUAAAAAAUAGGGGUGGGGGCAUUAUGUCCCUUACGCAUCUGAUCCAGCGUCUGUUUCGUCAUCUCGAGUUUGUGUGCUCAAAAGUUUUCUGUCUGGGAAACUCUUAAACCUUUGGAGGGCGACACCUCUGAUUCAGUGCUGAGCCCUCAAGCAAAAACAAGAUAACAUUCGAAGGGAUCAAAUGUCUGUAAAAUUGCAUGGACUCUCUGGGAGCGAGCUUGAGUAGUACCCGCGACAGUGGGGUUUAGGAUGGUUUCAGUUGCCUUAAUCUUUUCAUUCGGAGAUAUUCCAGGGUAAUGACCUCGAUCUACAGUGACGUCAGGCCUUCAUCCCCACCCCUAGGGAGAUGGUACUGGGAUCAUGAAACCAAUACUCUUAAAUUAAAAAGACUAUCUCAGAUUUCCCUGUGUGAGAAUAAAAUUGGACCACAUCUUUCCUUUCACUUAAAAAAGCUUCACCCUAUGCCUCUAGCAGAAAUCAAAGAGAAGCCCAAGAGGGGCAAAAUAAUUCACUUCGCUGAAAAUGAUGGCACAACCUCAGAAAGGCUGUCUGAGAAAAGAUUUGCUAAAAGAGAUGUGAAAUCAACCAGAGGAACUGAUAAAAGAAGAAAGAAUGACAAAGUUACCCUGGAUGAUGUUAAAUAUGUUGCCUUGUUUUUAUUACAAGACACUGAAAUGCAGCGGAUCUAUUCCUUUACAACAUUUAUGAAGAAUAAGAGUCUUGAUGAUUUCCUCAUGGCCUUGUUAUACUACUUAUCUCAUUAUCUGGAAAAACUUUCAUUGGAAAAGAAACCCAAAACCUACAUGGCGAGUCAUUUAGAGAAAAAAGAGAUGGAAUUAGUUAUUGAAAGGUUAGAAGAAUCCCAGAAAUACCUUGCCCAGAAGUAUUGUCUCCUUGUUUUAGGUUUGGGAAUGCCUGAUAAGCAUCACAUGGCCUGUGGAAAGGAAAAAGUUUCAGAUACACAAAAAGACUGGAAGUUCUUUGAGGCUUUCUUCACCUUCUGUACAUAUGUAGCUUGGGUAGUAUUCCGACGACAGUACCUAUUAGAGAUUGAUGAAGAAAUAGGUAGGCUUUUCCGUACUAAUAUGUUCAAUAGUGCAAGGAGGAGGCGGGAGGAAGAAGAAUCUGGUCAGGAAAAGAGAAGAAUGAAUUUUGUGCAAUUUAGGAGGAUGAUGGCCAAGCGUCCAGCAAUAAAAACAACUGUUCAUAUGCGCUCUCCGGCCUUAUCUACUCUUCUGCCCUCCCCUAAAGAACAUGCUCAGAAUCUCUUUGAGAAGAGCAGGGGCCAAAUGGGGGUCCCCAUCCAGACAUCCAACCAAAAAGAAUUGGUCACCUAUGAGUCAGUUGCCAUGCCAAUAGUUGGCAUCUUGGGAGAGCCUCGGAGCAUGUUCGACACCUCCACUCUUCUUCCUAAUGAACAAGAGCAGGCCUCAGAGCCUUCAAAGAGAAAUGCUUCCUUGAUAAGUGAAAAUAAUGCUAGGGUCCAAGAGACCCUGGAGUUGGCGAUGAAGAUGCUAGCCCCUGUGGGAGUAUUGAUUAAGUAACGUCUUCUGUUCCUUUCUAUAAUUCAGUUCCAGUAGAAGUAAACUAUUUUAAUUUGCUACCUUUAAA